AUCAGUGAAGAUAGUGUGGCCGGAUAUUUCCUAGCGCAGGACAGAAUGGGGGCUGGUCUUGGUUAAUUUUUGACCAAACUCUCAGCUCACUCUCAGAGCUCCUGUAUAUAAAGUGGAGGUUCCUGACAAUCUGUCUGCAGCAAAGAGGCUAUAAAGGCUGGAAAGAUGCGUGGGAUCUUUGCUAGUUGUGCACUCGCAGCGCUGCUGUUGGCUACAGCCUGGGCAGACCACCACCCCCACCACCAUGGCUCUGAACACAGUCAUGAGGGAGAGCUGAGCUGCCAUAAGCUGUCCCCUGCCAAUGCUGACUUUGCCUUUGCCCUCUACAAAAGCCUGAAUGCCAAGGCAGCAGCUGGAGAGAACAUCUUCUACUCGCCGCUGGGCAUCUCCACCGCCCUGUCCAUGCUGUCUACAGGAGCCCGUGGUGAAACUCACAGCCAGCUGUUCUCCAGCUUGGGCUACAGUGCUCACAACCAGGCACAGGUCAAUGAAGCGUAUGAGCAUCUCUUCCACAUGCUUGGCCACAGCCAGGAAAAUCAACAGUUGGAUGUCGGUGAUGCUGUUGCGGUACGCUCUGGCUUUGAUCCUCUGGAGACGUUCCUGAAGGAUGUCAAGCACUACUACUCCGGUGAGAUCUUCAACGUCGACUUUUCCAAACCUGCUGAGGCUACAGCAGAGAUCAACACAUUCAUUGCCAGAAAAACAAAGGACAAGAUCAAAGACCAGGUGAAGGACCUGGACCCUGCAAUGGCCAUGGUGCUGAUAAACUAUGUCUACUUCAGAGGACAGUGGGAGAAACCCUUCGAUGGUAACCUGACACACAAGGCAGACUUCAAUGUGGACGAAACCACCAAAGUUCAGGUGGAUAUGAUGAAGAGGACAGGUCGGUACGACUUCUAUCAGGAUGAUGCUAACCACACCACCGUCAUCAGGCUGCCCUACAAGGGCAACACCUCCAUGAUGAUUGUCCUGCCGGAUGAAGGCAAGAUGCAGGAGGUGGAGGGCUACAUUAACAAGGACUACAUCAGGCACUGGCAUGACUCGCUCUUCAGGAGUUCUGUGGUUCUGUCCCUGCCAAAGUUUUCCAUCUCUGCUGAUGCUUCCCUGGACAGCACACUGAAAGAAAUGGGCAUUACCGAUGCUUUUGCAGACAGUGCUGAUUUCUCUGGCAUGUCUGACGAGGUCAUGCUCAGAGUCUCAAAGGUGUCCCACAAGGCCGUGCUGAGCGUAGAUGAAACAGGAACAGAGGCAGCAGCCAGCACCACCAUCGAGGUCAUGCCCAUGAGUAUGCCUGAAACCCUGAAAGUCGACAGGCCCUUCUUGGUCUUCAUCUUGGAGCAUUCGACAAGGAGCAUCCUCUUCAUGGGCAAGAUCAACAACCCCACAGCCAUGUAAAUGCCAUGCUGGGGAAACGAGUGUUGCAUUUUCACAAUGCAGUAGGUUUUUAGUAGCUUCAGGACAAUGGCUCAUUUUUACCUCAGCAUCUGAAAGCCCUAUUGAGAUGUCAUGGUGAUGAAUAGAGGAUAGUUUUAUGAAUAAGACAACCCAUAUAUCAUUGAGUAACAGAAAUGUUAGUUUAUUAAUCUGCUUGCAGUCUGUCAGCAUGACACAUUUAUUACCAUCCGUCAUCUGAACCUGGCUAGACGUAUAAAUGUCUAAUACCAUCAUUAUAUAUUGUAUCCAGCUGACGGUUGCACCUGAUAGUAAUACGUCACUUCAAACGUCUGCUAACACAUUGAGCCAACAUGUUAUUGUGCUAUUUCUGUUUCAACAUGAAGUGAAAUAAAGACUUGUAAUGAACAACUGG